UUGCGUACAAAACGCGUACGAAUAGUGUCGUCAUUGCUGGACUUCACCGAUCAGAGCUGGACUCUUGUUAGCACGGAUUCACUCGUGCAGUUCGUGCGGAGCCGAGCUUGACCUUCGUCUGCCCUCGAAAGAACAAGAGGAGAUGGACGCCAUACUUCGCAUCAUUACCAAUAGCACCUUGUUGGUGACAAAGUUCCUGCGUAUGGGACUGGCCGACAAGAAUGACCACCCUCCCUUCUUCGAGCGCAACUUCUACGAAGUCGAAGUCGAUGAAGACGAGGCCAUCAACCAGACCAUCCUGAGUCUCAACGCCACCGAUCUUGAUGAAGUGUCCUACCUGAAUUACGAGAUCGUGGAAGGCAACGAGGAAGGAACGUUCUCCGUGGGCAACCUGACGGGGGAGAUCUACUUGGCGCAACCGCUUGACUACGAAACAAGGAACAAGUAUAAACUACUACUGCUGGUUUCGGAUGGUCGCCACGAGGGCGGUGCCACUGUCCAAGUCAACGUACGAGAUGUCAACGACAAUCCGCCGACGUUCGACAGUCGUUUGUACGAGGCGGAAAUCACGGAAGAGGACGAUCGGGAUUUGCCUCGUCGCAUCGUCACGGUGAAGGUCACUGAUGGGGACGUUGACCGGCCGCCGGACGUAGUGUUCUCGCUUUCGGGUCAAGGCAUCGAUGUGGGCGACCCCAAAAAUUCGUAUUUUGAAAUUAAUCCCUCGUCGGGGGACAUCUAUGUUAGAAAGCCUGUCGACAGAGACUAUCCUAAUGGAAGACCAAACUGGUGUCUAACAGUGUUUGCCCAAGAUGAAGGAGGGACAGGACUGGUGGGAUACAGUGAAGUUGUCGUUAAACUUAAAGACAUCAAUGACAAAGCUCCAUUAUUUCCAGAGGUGCUGUACUUUGGAAAUGUGACAGAAAAUAGUACAAGUGGAUUACAGAUCAUCACUAUGAAAGCAGAUGACUAUGAUGACCCAAGUGAGGGAACCAAUGCUCAGGUGACCUAUUCCAUUGAGAAUGGUGUCAUUGAUGAAGUCACUGGAAAACCUAUAUUCAUAGUUGAGCCAAGCACUGGAAUUGUGAGAACAGCUGUGUGUUGUCUUGACAGAGAAAAAACUCAGGAUUAUGUCAUUCAGAUAGUUGCAACUGAUGGAGGCGGACUGAAAGGAACAGGCACUGUCAGUGUUUCAGUACUAGAUGUCAAUGAUAAACCUCCCCAGUUCACCAAGAGAGAGUGGGUGACAGAGGUGGAUGAAACAGGUGGUCAUCAUUUACCCAGUGAACCCAUUUUGACAGUUUCAGUUCAAGAUGAGGAUCUAAAGAACAAUUUCAUUUAUAACGUUGUCGAGUCUUCUGGAUUUGGAGCAGAAAAGUUUGCGAUGAUUUCCAAUAAGAAUGGUACUGGUUCAUUGGUAAUCAUACAGCCUCUGGACUUCGAGGAUCCAAAGCAAAGGGAUGGUUUCAGGUUUCAGAUUCAAGUUAAUGAUAUGGGUGAAGAGAAAGUUACAGAUGCUUAUCAUUCUGCAAGGACGUGGGUGAAAGUAAAGCUCAAAGAUAUAAAUGAUAAUGAACCACAGUUCCUGGAAACUCCUCCUGAAGUGCAGGUAUUUGAAAAUACACCACUUGGUACAAGUUUAGCUGUUAUUACAGCAAGUGAUCCUGAUAUGGGUGGUAAAAGUCAGGUUUCUUACAGCAUUGAUAGGACAUCUGACAAACAUAGACACUUUUACAUAGACAACACUGGAACAGUAAAACUACAGCAAACCUUGGAUAGGGAGAAAAGUCAGGUUCACCAGAUAAAAAUUCUGGUAACUGAUGAUGGCACUCCUGCAAAGACUGCCACAACAACGCUUACCAUUAAAGUAAAAGAUGUCAAUGAUAAUGCCCCAAGAUUUUUAGAGGAUUAUCGUCCAGUUGUACCUGAAAAUCAACCUCCUAGAAAAGUUGCUGUUCUUAGAGCAUCAGAUGAUGAUGAUCCUAAAGUAAAGAAUGGCCCACCCUUUCAUUUUAGACUAGAUCCACAUGCACCAAAGCAUGUUAAAAAUUCCUUCAAGGUGGACAAUGUUCAUAGAGGACCAGCAGCUGAAGGGAUGGCUGCCGUUUUUUCUCUUCGAGAGUUUGAUCGAGAAGAACAAAAAGAGUAUCUUCUUCCUAUAAUUAUAAAAGACUCUGGGGUCCCUGCAAUGGUGGGCACCUCAACCUUAACUGUUAUCAUAGGAGAUGAAAAUGAUAACGUAAUGCAACCUGGAGUAAAAAACAUACUAUUCUAUAGUUACAUGGGACGAACUCAUGGUACUCAAGUAGGUCGUGUAUAUGUUCAGGACCUUGAUGAUUGGGAUCUACAUGACAAACUUUUUACUUGGGUAAAUUCCCCCCAUACAAACUUCAAGCUAGAUGAGGAUACUGGUAUGAUAACUAUGAAAUAUAUUCUUAGUGAAACUUCAUAUUUUUUGGAAUUUUAUGUUCGUGAUCGCAAACAUUCACAAUCCAAGAUCAAAGCUAGUGUUAAACUGACUGUAAGGCAUAUUCCUGAGAAGGCAGUUAGGAAUGCUGGCUCCCUUCGUAUUGGGAACAUAACAGAUAAAGAAUUUAUUAGUCAGUGGGAUGACAGGUAUAAUAAGUCUGUCCAGAGUAAGUCGGAUCAGUUUCGCAAGAAAAUAGCAAAAUUGUUUGCACUGAAAACGUUCAAUGUAGAUGUAUUUAGUGUACAAUUAAAGCAAGAGAGACCACCAGUGACAGAUGUGUUCUUUUCAGUUUAUGACAGCCAAUAUUAUCAGCCAAUUGAAGUGAAUGGAGUUGUAAUGAGGCAUAAAAAAGAAAUUGAAGAAGAGGUAGGGAUUCAAAUACUCAUGGUGGGGAUCAAUGAAUGUCUGUAUGAAAAUGUCCAUUGUGAUGGAUCAUGUACAAAUAGAGUGAAAAUUCUUAAAUCUCAGUAUUUAGUGGAUGCCAAUAGAACUUCCUUUGUUGGUGUACAUACACGUGUUGUACCUGAUUGUGUUUGUGGUGCUAGAGAUUUUUACGCAGAAAACUCAUGCCGUCCAAAUCCUUGUCUUAAUGGUGGUCAGUGUAUUGAAGAUAUUUACAAUAUUUAUUGUAAAUGCCCCAGUGGAUAUGAUGGACCAAGAUGUCAAAUUUUAACUCGAACAUUUCUGGGAAAUGGAUUUGCUUGGUUCCCUCCAUUAGAAGUAUGUGACAGAUCUCAUUUAAGUGUAGAGUUUCUUUCAAAAGAGCCGGAUGGGCUAAUAUUUUAUAAUGGACCAAUUGCAUCAUCGAGUAAUAGUGAUUUAGAAGUGACAGAUUUCAUAGCACUAGAACUUGAAAAAGGACAUUUAAGGUUUCUUUUAGAUUAUGGAUCAGGAACGCUGCAGCUGAAACUCGACAACACAGCAAAUUUUAGUGAUGGUAAUUGGCACAGAGCUGAUAUUUUUUGGAAUAAAGAGAAUGUGAGACUUGAUGUGGAUCACUGUGAAGGUGCCCCAAAAUAUAAAAGAGAAGCUGAUGGAGAGGAAUUAGUUGAUCUCUCAGAAUGUCAGGUCUUUGGUACCGUCCCUCCAUUCAGUGAGCAACUGAAUGUCAAUAGCCCCCUUCAGGUUGGGGGUUUAGCACAUCCUCCACUUCCAUCUGGAUCUUACAGUUGGCAUUAUCUACCACAUGGACACCAUUUUAAAGGAUGUAUAAGGAACCUAAUGGUAAAUAGUCACUUUUAUGACUUUGCCAACCCUGCUCUCCAGAGCAAUACAGAAGUGGGAUGCCCUUAUUUCAAUAAUAUGUGCUCUACAAACUCUACUAAGGCUGGUUGUGGACCUAAUGGCAUCUGUUCUGGUUCCUUAACUCGUCCUGUUUGUUUGUGUAAUCCUGGGUGGACAGGAACAGAUUGUGAUGAACCAACAGUGCCUGCUUAUUUCAAAAACCAGUCCUAUGUUAAGUAUUCUCUUUCAUUUGUGCCUAGCUCAUUCCACACUGAUAUUCACUUACGAUUUCGAACUUGGGAAGAAACUGGUGAGCUGUUAAGGAUAUCAGAUCAGAAUACUAAGACAUACGGUAUCCUAGAAAUAAAAAAUAGACACAUAUACUUCCGUUAUAACCUGAAUACCCCAGUUCCAGAAGAAAAAUAUCUUUGGCUUUCUUCUAUAGUUGUUAGUGAUGGAAUGUGGCAUCUGGUGAAAGUUCAACGAUAUGGGGCAACAAUCACUCUUACUUUAGAUGGUGGAGAAGGACGAAAGUACAAUGAAACCUCUGGGGCAUCAGAUUAUAUGUUAAUGAGCACUGAUGCACAAGAGGGAGUUUUUAUUGGUGGAUCAGUGUAUCACUCAAGUGCAGAUGUCUUUUCAGUGCAGAAUGAUUAUAAAUAUGGCUGCUUAGAUGAUGUCCGCCUUAAUGGAAACUUACUACCCCUCCCUCCUACCCUCAGUAGUACCCAGUGGGCUGAUGCUACAGCCUUCCAUAAUUUGGCUUCACAGUGUGUUUCCUCUGAUCAGUGCCUUAAUGUGAGCUGCAUAGCACCCUUUACAUGUAAAGAUUUAUGGAUGAAACAUGAAUGUCGAUGUCCAGAAGGCAGUCUCUUAUCAAAAGACCUCCAUAGCUGUUUAGAUGAGGAUGAAUGCUUAUCUGGACCUUGUGAAAAUGGUGGCAUCUGCAAUAACCUUCAGCCAUCAUAUGUGUGUCAUUGCCCUCAUGGUUUUAGUGGUGCCAAUUGUGAAGUGGUUGAAAAGGUCAGCAAAUUUCAACCAAGUUUACCUGCUCUGGCUGCCAUCAUAGCCUGUCUUCUCAUACUUGUCAUAUUGGGGAUUGUCUUCAUUUGUCUUCGACGUAAACAAAGGCAUCAUUUCUCCAAGGACACAAAUGCCAUCCAAGGGGUGCAAGAGAUAAAUGUAAAAUACGAGGAUGAUGAAGGUGGUGGAGGCAGAGGUGGAGGAGUGACCAUUCUUGACUUAACAGCUUUGAAUGUUCCUGCCACAUCCACAUUAUCUAACGGAGGCAGCAUGAUACCUAAAGACAAAAAUGUAAAUGUGAACUUGGCAAUGGCCAAUGUUGAUGUAAUUGUAACAAGCUGCCAAGAAAGAGAUAGAAAGCAUGCUGUCCAUAGAGAAAAUUCAAGUUAUGAUGAUCUUCGUAAUUAUGCCUAUGAGGGAGGUGGCAGUGGUGAAGGAAGUUCUUCAGCAGUUAACUCCUUAUCUUCUCUCGGGUCUGGGACAGACAGCAGCGUACAAAAUUUUGAAGAUCUCAAAGACUGGGGGAAACCUUUUGCCAUUUUGUAUAAUAUGUACGUGGUUGAAGCAAGUGACGACAAGCAGAGAAACCCUAGCUGACACUCCAUAAUGAACAGAUCAGAUAAAAUAUAUUUUAUAAAGAUUUAAAUAUGCAAGGAUAGUAGGGAAUAAGCUACUCAAGGAAUUGUGCUGGAGACCCAGUGUUUCUGAAUUUGGGGUUAAGAUAUAACUAAAACCGAACAACACAUUUGAUAUUGAAAGGCAUUAUAAUAUAAAACUGACAGCUGGAGUCCAGGACAUAACCGCAAAGGUAACCACUAGAAUUUAAUCAUGACAUAGCUUCUUUAACUCCUUUGUUUUCUUUUAAGAGGGCAAAUUCAUGAACUGAAAAAAUCUCAAAUUUUAAAUGUCUGCAACUCAUUUCUGAAAGGGAAACAAAAUUUUAAUUUUUAAAAUAGUUAUUUUCAAUUAUCAUUUAUACACCACCCAGUAGUGUAAUUUAGAAUUUUAUACCCACACUGCAACUCAAGAACAUGGUUUUAAUUUCCCAUGCAAACAAUUACUGUAUGAAUUAUAUGAAUAUCAAAAAGGUAAAUUCUCUCUUUCUUUUGUUAUGAUUUAUAGUAUAUGAGUGUAUUGUGUACAAAAUUCACAAUAGUAUUUCAAUCUUAGCUACCUGCUACUUUAGCUUUGAACAUAACUUCUAAUAACUCACCUACCAUACUCUUUAGUUUAUUGGUUUGCUGUUUUUAUUUCAUUAUUAACUCAUAUAGUUGGGUAGAAAAUGAAUGUUGUUUUUCUGAGCUAACAAAGUUUGUGAACCUUUCCCUCAUUUCAUUACUGUAGUUUUAAUAUUUUGUCAAUAUAUACAUUUUUGUUUAUGCCUUCAAGUAACAAAAUGUUUAUCAUCAUUAUAGUUUUUACUUUAGAUUUUCUCUUUGCAGGGUCAAAUGUAAAAUUAUUUUUUUAUCUGCUUUCUUCUGUUAAUAACAAGUAUCCUUCAGAGUAUGCAGUUUCAUUAAAAGGAAAGGAAUAUACAGCAUAAUGUUGAAAUACAGUAAAUGAAUGAAUAUUGCAUAUCCCCACACAGAAGUUCCAGCCUUCGAAAUAUUUUGCAAAUACUUACUUAAUGGUGCCAAAAAGUGGCCUGUAUAAUGAACUAGCUCUUCUCAGAUAUCUCACAAAUCUCAUGAAUGCAAAUUCAUUUAAGCCAAACGUUGCCCUAAAGGGAGAUCUGUACCUCUGAACUUCAAACCUUUAUCCAUAAUCUUCUCGGUGCCUUCAGCCAUGAAUACAGCGUUUUGUAAACACCUUUCAAGAAUCUUUAAUAUCUUUGUAUGUGUCUGCAUCCAUGUUCUUAUUUAUAAUUUUCACACUUAUCAAAAUAUUGUCAUUUAUAGACUUACAUGUAAAAACUUACAAAAUCAAAUGUAAAAACUUUUUUCCACAAUACCUCCUCAUCAGUAUCAGGUCAAUUUGAGGGGUAUGUGAAGAGAACAAUAACUAAAAACACACUAAUGUUCCCAACAGCAAUAUAAUUUUAAAAAGAAUAUAAUGAAUUAUAUUGGAAACCACUCAACAAAAUCAUUUUCAAAGCAAAGUAUAGCCCAAUAUGCCAUCUCUCUAUAAAAAAAAAAUGCAGUUAUGUAUCAGUAAAUCAAAUUAAUCAUAAUGGUUAUAAGAAAUUGGAGUGGAAGCUGCCUAACUAAGAGGGAAGUUAUGAGGAUCACAUCAGACUGGGCUGAACAGCUAUGCUUUAUGAUGAAAUUAUUUAUUACGUCAAGAAAUUAUUAUUAUACCAAAGAGAUUUGGAAAAAAAAUUCGCAAAUUGCUCAAACAAUUCAAAGAAAGAUUUAGACCAGAUAGGCUCUUUGCUGUAUGAAGGGUAACUAGCAUGGCAUAAAAAUUAAUAGAGAAUACUUAUGUAUUCCAUUAUCAUCCUUUUUUAAGUAAGCUUUUCAGAUCAACCAGUAACAAACUUUGCAAGAGUAAGUACCUUUAAGCAAACCAUAGAUUAUUCAGAUAUGAACGGUUGUUUACUGUAUUUACAAUAAUUUGCUAAACAGCCAAAUAACAUUGCUGAUCUCUCUCAAUACAAGAAUAGCCACUACAAUAGACCCCCCGUAUUCACGGAGGAUGGGUACCACAUCCCCCACAAAUAGGUAAAAUCUGUGAAUAGUAUUUAAAACCCCUCUAAAAAUGCUUAUAUCCAAGUAUUUUGCUAGUUUAAUCACAAAAAGAGCAGUUAGUCAUGAAAACGACAUGAAAAUACAGUAAUAUAUGAAUAUUUCUCAAUUUAAAAUACCACAACCAGGCGAAUUUUCUGCGAAUAAUGGGUAUACGUAUAUGGUCCAUAGGAAAGUCCGCGAGUCAUGAGUCCACGAAUAGUGGGGGUUGACUGUACAGGUUCAUAAUCUCUUAUGCAAAGUGAAAGAACUGCAAUGUACUAUAUAAGGAGACUAAUUUCCAGGAAACUGGACUUUUGGUUUUAAUAUAAGCCAAAUGUGUGUCCAGCAGCCACUGACCAACCAAUUCUUUGGUUUACGUAUACUCUAACCAUCCUGAGUGCAAGAAACUCGUCUCAAGGUCAUAAAAUCCAUGAAAAAGUUCUAGGAAAUAGGUAAAUGAGAUCCUGAAAUUUACAUUUUUAAGCAACACAAGUACUAUGUUGUUCUUUGAAAAUCACUACUUCAGGACACUACUGCACAUUAUCACAUAAAUCAUUAUGUAAGUCUAUGUAUAAAGAGCCAAGAAGUUACGUUUAACAACAUUUUAACCAAUUCGAAUACAACCAUAAACAGAGAUCAGCCCUGAAAUUUCUUUAAUUAUUCUCAUAACAAUGACGUAACUUAAAUUAGACAGUAAAUAUGACAUUAUCAAAUAAGUAUGUCAAAAUUAACAUAUCUGGUUAGUUACAUUUCUGAUAAGUUAUACUGUAGUUUGCAAUGAUAUAAAACAAUUAAAUUCUUGUCAAGUUCACCUUGAAAACACUAUGAUCAACCAUGGAGGCAAACAUUUUAUGUGCAUGUCUUAUGGCAUAAAAUGUUUAAUAAAAAAAUCAUUGAUGUUCACAUCCAAGAAAGUGCAUUUUUACACUUCAACAGAGAAAAAACAUUUUUAUAGUAAAAUGAAGUUUUAUAUAUAUGUACUUACCAAGUAAUUAGUACAUAGCUAUUAGUUUCUAACUAUUGCAGCAGCUUAAAUUUUAAAAUAUGCAGUAACUCUUCUACUUUUUAGUGUAGGUAACUAACCCCACCCACUUUCAGGGAAGAAUAUAUAAGACAGCUGAAGAACUCUAUUCAUUUGUCCCUAUGUCCAUGAGAGGGGAGGAGGGAGGGCUCCAAUUUUGUAAUUACUUGGUAAGUAUAUAGAAAAAUUUAUUUUGUUAUAAUGUCAUUUUUAUAAAAGUAACUUACCAAGUAAUUACAUAGCUGAAUCCCACAUUAACAGGAGGUGGGAUACAUGGACACGUUCUUCUCAAUAACACUCGGUAAUGGUAAGGGAUUUGAAAUAGAAAGAUAGCUAGCAUUGUUGAAAUGCUUGUUGUAACCUUACCUUGUCAGAGAGUUACAGUAGGAGUUACUGCCUCUGGCUCUACUUCAGUGAGGUGCUUUUCAGUGAAGGAGUAUUUCGAAGUCAGAGAAAGCAUAAAUAAGUGCCCUUACACUGGGUGCAGUACCACAAAAAACAGACCAGACAAAGUUGUCACCUACACAUAAAAUUAAAAACCACUACCCAUCCAGUAAAAACAGACUGGUGGGCUGGUGGGUACUCCAGGUACACAGUACCCCUAGGCUCCCCAAAACUCAACAACCUGUAUCAAGGCGAGGAGAUAGAGAAUAGAAGGCGUACCUCCUAUUCUUCAUCCCCAAUAUCAUGCCAACCACAGAUAGUGGACCUAAGGUACUGAUUUUCAUACCCUGUCUCCACAUCAUGCAAAUAAUGGGUUGCAAACACUGAUCUACACCGCCAAUAGGUGGACUGAAGAAUUCCAGAUAGCGAUAAGUUUUGCUAAAGCCAACAAAUUGGCAACAACUUGUAUUUCAUGGCCUUUGACUUUCAAAAUGGGUAAAGAAUCCUCUCAAAUUCCCAAGUGUGACUUGGAUAUUACAUCUCUCAAAAAGAAUGCCAAUGCAUUCUUGGACAGCGGUUGAUAGAGAUUUUUAAGAGAGCACAAGAGGUUAUUAGAGAGGCCUCUGAUCAUCUCAGUCCUCUCAAGAUAAUGUCUUGAUGCCUUUACAAGGCAAAGAACUCUCUCUUGGUCUUCUGGACCAAGGACAUCCGUCAUGUUCUUAUUGGUGAACAAAUGGAGCCAUGGCUUAGAAGGAUUCUUGUUCUUGGUCAAAAAAGCUGAGCAUGAAAGAGUAGACUGCAUCUCCCUGCAAAAAUCCAACUUUCUUAUCCAAGACCUUCUGUUCAAAAUUAUCUUGGCCAUAACCAAAGCAACAAAAAAAGUUUUAUCUUGUUAAAUCCCUGAGAGAGAUGGAAUGAAGGGGCUCAACUGGAGAGCCCGAGAACCAUUUAAGGACAACCUCCAAGUUCCAGGAGACUGAAACUGUCUUCUCAUCUUGAUGUGUCAAAGGACUUAAUUAGAUCACCAAUGUCUUGACUUACUAACAAAUCCAAGCCUCUAUGCCUAAACACAGUACUUAGCAUGGCUCUCAGGAAGAGCAGAAAAUCUGCAAUUUGUGUUAGAGAGGUUUCAGUAGAAGAGAUGUUAUGGCUGCAGCACCAGCUGUGGAAGACACUCCACUUAGCCUGGUAAGACCUUAAAGGAAGACUGAUGAUUACACUUUGCAAUCACCUCUGCAGCUGGUCUUAAAAAGCCCUUUGCUCUGACAAGUUUCCUGACAGGAUUGAACGAGUAAACCUUGGUGGAAUUGGUGGAAGUGUGGCUGUCAGAGAAGAGUUCUUUGUGGAAAAAGUCUUGAGAAGUCUACCAGCAGCCCUAGAAGGGACAGGAACCACUCCUUUUGCAGCCAGAAUGGAGCUACAAGGGUCUCUGAAGUAUUGCUGUGAGAAAAGAACUUGUUGAAGAUUUUCCCUUACCAUGCUGAAUGGUGGGAAGGUGUAUACGUCCAGGUUCGACCAGUCCUGGAGCAUGGUAUCUGUUGACCAUGACAGAGGGUCUGGGGUGGGAGAAUAAUACAAGGGAAGGCAAUGGUUUCUCAACAUUGCAAACUGGUCUAUCGACGGCUUUCCCUACUGUUUCCACAGGUCAAUGCACACCGGCAGAUUCAGUGUUCACUGUACAUAUGUAGAACCUGUCUACAGCAACUUAGCUUGUCCACUAAGACAUUCAGCUUGCCCUGGAAAAAUCUUGUAAUAAUCCUGGUGCAAUUCUCCUGGGUCUAGAGAAGGAGAUCCUUGGCUGCUUCGUAAAGGGAGAAGGAGUGAGUACCUCCCUGGUUUCUGAUAUAAGACAGAGUGGUCGUGUAGUCUGAAUGGACUGCUACUGUCCUGCUGAAGGUCGCUGCUGCAAAUGAUUGGAGGCCCAAAUGUGUUGCCUUCAGUUCUUUCAUACUGAUGUGGAGUUUUCUCUCCUCCUUGAACUACGUCCCUGAAGCUUCCAUGUUCUUUAAAAUGGCUCCCCAACCCAAAUCUGAUGCAUGUGAGUAUAAGGUUAGGCUGGGGCUCAGAGGAAGAAGCAACUUCCCUACUAAAAACCUUCCUUCUGAAAGCCACCACCGAAAGUCCUCCUUGAUUUUGGGUAUGAUGUGUAAAAUGAAUGAGUCUGAAAGUUUUUCCUGUGCCAUCUGGCCUUUAGGAAGAAUUGCAGUACCCUUGUGUGGAGUCUUCCUAAAGGCACAAACUUUUCAAUGAAUGAGUGUGUACCCAGCAGGUUCAUCCAUUCGUUGGCUGAGUAGGACAGGAGAGAGAGGAAUAUUUGGACUCUCCAAAUGAUUAAAAGGCCCAAUUCCUGAGCAUAAAGAAGUGUUUUCCAAAGGUCCUCUGUGCACUUUGCUCUUGAGGGGGAGCAUAGAAGCCAAUUGUCCAAAUAUAGCCAGACACUGAAGCCCAUGAGAUGGAGCCACUUCGCCAGAGAGGUGAGGACACUAGUACAUACUUGAGGAGCUGUAGAGAGGCUGAAGCACAGAGCCCAAAACUGAAAGACUCUGCCCUUGAACACGAACCUUGGGCACUUCCUGGAGUUUGGAUGUACUGGAACAUGGAAGUAUGUGUCCUGCCUAUUGAUGGUCAUCAUCCAAUUGCCUUGGUGAAUGGAUAACUGGACUGACUGGUUCGUUUUCAUUCUGAAUUUUGUUUUCUGAAUGAAGAAAUUCAGUGUUGAUGCCUACAACAGGUCUCCAGCCCUCCAAUGACUUGGGGGACAAUGAACAGAUUGUUGUAGAAACCUUGUGUUCACGUCCUCAACCACCACUAGAGCUCUCUUCCUGAGAAGGGAAGAGACCUCUUCUGACAGGGCUGAAAACCUAUUUGAGCCUACUACGGAAUAAGCUGUCAAGCUGAUGGGUGAUGACACUGAAGGAAGUUCUCGCUGCAAGGGGUGGAGUAGACCUCUCUGAGGACUUUUAAUACACAAGGUUCACGUUCCUGGCUUUCCAUUUGUCCCAAAAAUGGAAAAGUCUUGCUCCCACAGGGAGAUGGACAAUGGGAUCCUCACUUGCAAGAGGAGGGUCUAGUGGAGGACUUCUUAACAGGUUGGACUGAUUGUAGGUUCAUGCAUGGGCAGGGCUGAAACCUUACUCUGCCGCCUCAAAAGGGCUGCUGUUGAAGAGGGGAGACUGUUCUCAAACCAAACAAGAUUGACUCCUUGGGUCGCUUGGCUGACUGUGCCAGAACUUGUGUCGACUUCUUCUGGAGGUCUGCAGCUAUGUGUUCCACUGUAGUCCGAGAAAACAGAUGAAAGCGGUCCAAAGGUGAAAACAGAAGAGCUGACCUUUGGGUGGGAGUGACCCCAUUUGUGGUAGACAAAUACCGCACUUCUUAAGUACUCCCAAAUAAACAAAGCAGCCUUAUCUGCACACGAGAGGACACCCAGCCAGUCCGAAGGCAAGUCCAUUUUAAGAGAGUCGCAGUUCUCUAUCUUUUUAGCCAAGGCCCCUAUAGUCCAGUCUAAAAAAAAUCUACAGACUUCAAAGACCUUGAUGAUAUCAUGAAAUAAGUGGUCCAGUUCUAUUGAAGUAAACAUGAUUUUGAUGGAGGCAAAGGCCAACCUGUGAGCAGGAUCACUCAGACUGGGGAAGUCCCCCUGGGAGAGGCAGAAACAACAAAGGAAGGAGCUUCCCCAGUGACAUAAGAAAGAUAUCUCCUCUUAGACAGGCAAGAAGGAGAGGAGCAGAAGACAAGCCUUGCUGAGAUCCCUUUUCUCUGCUGGCCAACUUUCAAUGUUGGACAAGGCUUUCUCUGAUGAGGAGGAAAGGACUUGGGAAGCCUGCAAGACUCCUCAGGCUGACUCUUCAUCAUAAAAGCUGAUGCAGGAGACAUCGGGGCCACUGGUGUGGAGGAGGUCGGGUAACUAAACCAAGAUAGCGUGAUCCUGAUGAAUAGCUUCAUCAUCAGAUGAAAUUGGAGAGGGAGCUAAGUCUGGUGGAUCCUGUGCCACUGCAUGAGGCUUCCAUGGAAGUUCCAAGAUAGUACUGUCGAGAUGGCGCUGAAUAGGCCCCAACGAAGGAUCAGGAAAUGAACGGGUGGACAUACCCACCAAUACUGACUGAAGAGGUGGUGUUUGGCACCCAGAUUGUGGAGCUGAAGGCUUGACAGCUAGCACUGAGCUGACAGGUGGACACUCAGACACAGGUGGACAUUCGGACACAGGCGGACACUCAGACACUGGAUACUCAGACACUGGGUGCUCGGACAUUACUGGGUGAUUGAACACUACUGUGUGAUCAGAGACUACUAGACGCUCGGACCACUUCUGAGAGAUGAAAGAACACUUUGGUGCCAAAUACUGGCGCUCUACAACUGAAGGCUCAGGAGACGAAUGACUGGGGUUGUCCUAGAAGCUACAGACAAGGUGCGGACUACGCUCCUGUUCCCUGGCCUUCUUACAAGGGAGUGGAGAAGUGUGUUCAGCAGUUGAUAUAUGCCUUUUCAAUGGCCUAGAAACACUGGAAAAGCUGCAAUGAUUGCCUCGUCCACACUCAAGUCCGAAUUGCUAGAGGACAACACAUGCACUUCUAUAUGGAUGCUUUUCCAACGGCUGUCCACCAAGUAGUCAUGCAUGAGUAAAACCCCCUUGUACCUCCAGUAUGCGUCCUCCAGGUUUAGGGGAGUCUUGACAGCUACCUUUGUCUAGGAGCUUCAGCAGGGCGAGUAGCCACUGCACUUGCACCUACAUCACUGGCACUCAUCCUGUCCAUAAGGACCUUAACGGAAGCCCCUAUUUGGGCCACAGUAUUAACUAGUGGACUGAAUUUCUGGUCUAUCCUGGCUCCGAGGCUGGUGAGGGCAUUUGGGUUAGAAGUUUGGGAGCCAGGUAAUGGAGUAGAUGCAAAAGUCAAAGGGCUAGUGAUGGGGGAAAAAGCAGUCAAAGUUGUAGACAGAAUAGGUACAUCAACAAUAUCUGAUUUAGAUGAAACCUGGCUAACAGAACCCCUAGCUUCAGCUCUAGCAGUCGCCUUUCUCUUUCUGUCGCUUUGAAGUCUGUCAAGGUAUAUGUUCAAAAGUUUCUAUUUCCCCUGAUCCCAGUCCCUCCGCUCUUCUCAAGUCAAAGAACAAAUUUCCCUCUACAAUGACAAGAAAUCAUGUGAGUUGUUCUUGGCUGACAUCAGUCAGGUGUUGCAGCCUUUGCUGUUAAACUAGAUACUACUAGCAGUACUAGAGUCUGACAUGAUUUGAAAUAUGUCACAAUCAUGGAAAAAUCUAGUCAAAAUCUUCUAAGCAAUUAGUGCACUGUCACCAAAACGGCAAUAAGGCACAAUCAUCCAGUGAAAAAACAAAAUCAAUGCUGCUCCAACAACCUAUGUUUAGUCAUUGACUGGCAGAAAUUAAUUGAGCUCUUUAGCUGUGUUGAACCUAUUCUUCCCCGAAAGUGGGUGGGGUUAGUUAUCUACACUAAAACAAUAAACGCACUACUAUGAAUUUAAAAAUUUAAGCUGUCAUGAUAAUUAGAAACUAAUAGCUAUGUACAUAAUUACUUGGUAAGUUAACUUAUAGUAUAAAGUUUGUUUCUGGCUGUUCCUCUUAUGGUAGGCAAAACGGUUUUAAGCAUCCUGUCUUCUGAGAGCUAUGUCAAUUAAACCUAAAAUGACCAUGUACUUUUCAAAUGUUCCUGGAAUCCUUAAACUAGUUACAUGCAAGCAUAAAACUCUGUAGGUAGCCUCUAAAAUGUUACACAGAAGAUAUUUUUUAUCUUUCCUUGUAAUGUGUGGUUUUGUCAAUACCAUCAGUAAAGUUAUAUUAAUCAGUGGUGAUUAUCUCUACAUGGUGUGUAUAUUUGUAAUAUUUCUAGUAAAAACAUAAAUAUGAAAACAUUAAAUUACCUGAGUACUUUGAAUAUUUUAAGUCAUGCUACAUAUUUGUACU